UUGUACAGAGCACGUUCAGUGCACAGAGCCAACCAGGACUCCCUCAGCAAGACUGGAAAGCUGCUGUUCAUCUCCUCUCUCCUCCCCCAUCUACCUGGAUAAAAAGGACAAUCAUGAUGUCGCCAGACGACCGAGCCCUCGAGGAUCUGUUGUACAGCAGUGACCUUGGUGAUGAGGUGGAGGGGGUGGAGCUGGGCAGUGGCCCCGCAGGGGUGGAGGAGAGCACUGCUGCAGACAAUACUCCGACAGCUGUUUCCAUCCAGGAGCCAAUCGUGUGUGCCGGAUGUGGCGAGCAGGUGUGUGACCGCUUCUUCCUGUUGGCUGCAGGCAGGGUGUGGCACAACGUGUGCCUCCGCUGCAGCCACUGUCAGUGUGAGCUGCAGACACACCCCUCGCUCUUCUGGAGAGACGGAAACAUCUACUGCCAGCAGGACUACAGCAGGAUGUUUGGAGGUGGUCAGUGUGCUCGAUGCUUCCAGCCAAUCCCAGCCUCUGAGUUAGUAAUGAGGUCUGGUGAGCUGACCUUCCAUCCUCAGUGCUUCUCCUGCCAGGAGUGUGAUGUGAAACUAAUGCCUGGGACCCUGUACUGCAUGCAGGGCCAGAACCUCUACUGUCAGUCACAUUAUCAUGGUGAUGGUAGUGUCCCGCUGUCCCACGAUCCACAGCCCACAUCAAAUCUGAUAGAAGCUCCAAAUCAGGUCUUUGGUGAAGGAGAGGAGUCUGUCAGCAGUCCGGAGUCACAGCUGGAUGACAGGGUGAUGGAUGGACAAACCCACAGACGGACCAAGCGAAUCAGGACCUGUUUUCGCAGUGAGCAGCUCAGAGCGCUAGAGUCUUAUUUUGCACAAAAACACAACCCUGAUGGUAAAGACUGGACCUGCCUCGCACAUAAGACCGGCCUGCCAAAGAGAGUCCUGCAGGUGUGGUUUCAAAAUGCUCGGGCCAAACUGAGGCGUUCCCUCACCACUGAUGACUCUCAGGUCAACUCACCCUCCGCUCCUCCGAGAGACAUAACCUUGGCGACCAGCUCACCGCCACCAGCCUGCUCCCCACUCGACCAAUCACAUCCCUUCCCCACCAGCACCAUUGACCAGCAGCAGCUGUCCCUGCUCACCACCCCGCUCAGUGACCCGCUGGGAAGCCUAGAUAUUAACCAGUCUCAUCUGCUGCAAAACCCAGCCUUCUACCUGGACUACAAUUCCCAAAGUGCAGUGGGCUGUGUCCCCUCCCUUGAGGCCUAUGGGGACUUUGGUGAGGCAGAAGGAGGAGCACAAAGAGAAACUGAACUUGACAGUUCCUAUAGACCACAUUACAGCUAGUUAAGGCCCCUUAAGAAGGAAACAAAGAAGCAGCUUUACAAAAAUAGAGACAAGUUCAAGUUAUAAUUCUGAAGAUUUCAGUUGAAAGAUUUAAUGUGAAGCAACAGCUGAAGGAAAUCAGGACAAUAGGAGACGUUGGGUUAGCAGUGAGUUAAUCCAGCUCUGAUACGGCUGUAGGAGAUGAUGCCAGUAUGAAUCCAGCCACCAGCAAUGAAAACCAUGAGAGAUAAUGGCAAAAAAUGCUAACCACAAAUAGUAAAUAGAAUUAGAUUUAAUGUAAAUCAUGAUGAGGAUGGUAACUUUAACCAAGGUGGUAACUCUGUGAUUGUGUGAAACUUUCAUUUGAACUAAUCAUUUCAGCACUACAGUCAUUAAACUACGAGACAUUUUGGGCUGCUGGAGAGAACAGCUUCAAGUAGGUUGUAUGGUUAAAGUCAAUACUAAAAUAUCAUUAAGGGAUUUUUCAAAUGUAGAUACCACAAUGUGGAAAACAUAACCAAAAUUACACAAAAAACUGUAACCAAUUACACCCUCCUGAAUCAUUCAUCUGAACAACAGACAGGCUAUAUAUCCCUGACAUCAUGUGUCACAUUUUAAACCACUGGUUUGUUAUUUUUUAAAAAAAGCACAUCUUCGUCAAUAAUAUUUUCUUCUGUAGAAAAUGACUUUAUACUGAACUGCCAGAACUAGCAGAACUAGGAGAUGUGAUCACAUCACUCCUGUUUUAGCUUCUCUGCACUGGCUAACACUAUGUUUUAGAAAUGAUUUUAAUCUUACUAAUUAAUUUGUAGUACUGUGUGCACUUUGAGAUCCUCAAACAAAGGUCUUUUCUCUCUUCCAAGGGCCCAGCUGAAAACCAAAGGGGACGGGGUGUUUGUAGUCAGGGCCCAGAAGCAGCAACACACAAAGAUCAGAUCAGAGCUGAGUGUUAAGGCCUGUGAUGUGAACGCAGCCUGAGAUGCAGCUGAAGGCUCUGGAGAAAAACUAGCAUGUGGAGCUCACAUUCAGUGCUUCUCUAAUUCUGUACAGCUGGUUUUGUAGAUUUACAUGACUUUUUCAACCAACAACAAACAUUUAGUACACGUUCAGUCUAACUUUAGUCAGCUGUGUCAGGCUCUUCUCUGCC